UCCAGAGGGCGGCGCGAUGCACCCGGGCAUUCUCCUCGCUCCUGUUCCUGGUGUUUCUCACCGGCAAAUCUCUCACUUGAGUCCUCAGGCACCACCAGAUUAUCAAGAGAGAAGCGCCCCAGCGCUCCCCAACGAUGGCAGGGAAAAGAGUCCUGAUAGUCUAUGCACAUCAAGAGCCCAAGUCCUUCAAUGGAUCUUUGCUGAAGAUUGCCGUGGAAGAACUGACCAAGCAGGGCUGCAGCGUCACCGUGUCGGAUUUAUACGCCAUGCAGUUUGAGCCCAGAGCAACAAGAAAUGACAUUGUUGGUCGCCUGCACAACUCAGAAGCCUUCAAUUAUGGUGUGGAAACCUGGGAAGCUUACAAGAGAGGAGGUUUGUCCAAAGACCUGGUUGAAGAGCAGAAGAAGGUGCAGGAAGCAGACUUGCUGAUUUUUCAGUUUCCCUUGUUUUGGUUCAACAUGCCUGCAAUCCUGAAGGGCUGGAUGGACAGAGUCUUGGUCCAAGGCUUUGCUUAUGAUUUGUCAAAGGCUUACGAUGGUGGCUUGCUCCAGGGCAAAUUAUCUCUGUUUUCUUUCACCACGGGAGGAAGCAAAGAGAUGUAUUCAAAAGAAGGUAUCGGUGGUGAUAUUCGCUAUGUCCUGUGGCCCAUGCAGCAUGGAAUCAUGCACUUCUGUGGUGUCAAAGUCCUUGAACCUCACAUCUGUUAUGCUCCAGAGAAUGUCUCUGAGGAGAAGAGGAAGGAGAUGCUGACUGCCUGGACCCAGCGUCUGAAGACUCUUUGGAAGGAAGAACCCAUAGACUGCUCUCCUCAGUGGUAUUUCAAGUAGUGUUCAGGUGUAAGACUACAGAGAAAAGAUGGGGCUUUUUUCUUAAUUCUUUUUGAUGUUCUAUCUAAAUACAUGAACUCUAAUCUCCUAAAUCAAAUAUAUUUUAAGAAACUUGAAUACUACAUCUAGCAGUUUAACUGAUUAUAUAACAUUAUAACUGAUUAUUAUAACAUAGCAUUUAUCUUCACUGAUUCCAAAGGGAUUCCCUUCAAGGAUGGGUGCAAAACUCUUUGCGUUGUUCUCCUUGCUCACAUGAACGGUGUCAUUCUGCCUCCUUGUGGAUGAGAACACGUAUGCUAUUUCAUGGCAGAUUAUGCCAUUGCUGCUUGCCAAACAGUGAAGUACAUGGCCAAGUUAAUUUUAUCACUGUUUGUACCAGUUUUCCUUUACCAGGGAAUAUGGUGCCCAUACCCAACUCGUCAUUUAAAAGCCACUUGUCAUUGGUUGUGAGAGUUCCAACACUUGUGCCUUGGAGCAAUAAAACCACAUCAUGAGCAGUGUUGCAAAAGGAUGUACGGUUGCAAAGUGUCUUAAACAGCUGGAAAGCCUUGAGGGCAGCCCUAGGCUUCUCCAGCUAUCUAUAAAGCAAUAUUAAAGCUAUGACAGAUACCAGAAAUGGGAAAAAAUAAAUAUGAAUGUAGUGGCGCGUGCAUGAAUUGCCUUCCUUUGUAUACUACAACUUCCAUUUGUAAAGUAUGCAGCUUCCCAUAAUAAAAGUAGAGAGAAAAAGGAA